AUGGCGGAACUAAUCAAGAGGGUCGAGGAGCUUGAGAACGCCGUGUACGGGCUGAGCACUGAGCUUGGAGAGUCCUUCGAAAAGCUGCUGGCUCGCGGUACUGAAGCAUAUGUCCAGACCAACAACGAAGAGAAUCGCGGUGGCCACCAACAAGUGGAUUUUGCUGGAUCGUUUCCGGGCCAGCUCGGAUCAAGACUCCAGGAAUUACAGGGCAACGAAGUAAAAUGCGAGAAGCUACAGGAUCUAGGCACCACGAUCCCAUUCGCAAACGACUUGUCGUCGACCCCAUCGCCUGAUCAGUCCCCUCAGCAGGUUGUUCUAUCAGACACUGCACUGCUCCCGCCUAUGCUCUCUGGAUUACAAGGCACUGCAACCAUGAUGCCGAAUACCCAUUUCAACCAAUCUUCAGCUUCGACAAUGCUAGAUGCCGAAUCGUACUAUGGUCCUACUACUACCACGUGGAGUCACUUUGACCAAAGGACCUUUCAUUCUAAUCCUGAGUUCGACGACGUUGUUGACUAUUCUUAA